AUGGGUUGGAUCCCGUGCUCUGGGAAAUCGAGUGGGAAGACUAAGAAGAGGAGCGACAGUGACGAAAACCUCAGCAGAAAUUGUUCUGUCUCUGCUUCAGAGAGAUCUAAGGCCAAAUCGUCGGUGAGUGAAUCCAGAAGCAGAGGGUCUGAUAACAUUGUGGCACAAACGUUUACAUUCUCUGAGCUAGCUACUGCCACUAGAAACUUCAGGAAAGAAUGUCUUAUAGGAGAAGGAGGAUUUGGUAGAGUUUACAAAGGCUACUUAGCAAGCACUGGCCAGACAGCGGCUAUCAAGCAGCUUGAUCAUAAUGGUUUACAAGGAAACAGAGAGUUCCUCGUUGAGGUGCUCAUGUUGAGUCUUCUUCAUCACCCAAAUCUUGUGAACCUAAUCGGUUAUUGUGCUGAUGGAGAUCAAAGGCUUCUCGUCUAUGAAUACAUGCCUCUUGGGUCACUUGAAGAUCAUUUGCACGACAUUUCACCUGGUAAGCAGCCACUUGACUGGAACACCAGAAUGAAAAUAGCUGCAGGUGCUGCAAAAGGUCUGGAGUAUCUGCACGACAAAACCAUGCCUCCAGUGAUCUACCGGGACUUGAAAUGCUCCAACAUUUUGCUCGGAGAUGACUACUUCCCGAAGCUAUCUGACUUCGGUUUGGCCAAACUUGGCCCAGUGGGUGACAAGUCUCAUGUCUCCACUCGGGUUAUGGGAACUUACGGAUACUGUGCUCCCGAGUAUGCAAUGACAGGGCAGCUAACGCUCAAAUCAGACGUUUAUAGCUUCGGUGUGGUUCUUUUGGAGAUUAUAACCGGUAGGAAAGCUAUAGACAAUUCAAGAUGUACUGGAGAACAGAAUCUGGUUGCGUGGGCAAGGCCUCUGUUUAAAGACAGGAGGAAAUUCUCUCAAAUGGCUGAUCCAAUGAUUCAAGGUCAAUACCCUCCGAGAGGAUUGUACCAAGCACUCGCUGUGGCGGCAAUGUGCGUGCAAGAGCAGCCAAAUCUAAGGCCUGUUAUCGCUGAUGUUGUCACUGCACUCACUUACCUAGCUUCCCAAAGGUUUGAUCCUAUGUCUCAGCCAGUCCAAGGCUCUCUUUUCGGUCCUGGGACUCCACCUAGAUCAAAGAGGGUGGUCUGA